AUGGCGGACUCACCAUCCUCCACGACAGAACAGCUAUAUCACCCUGUGAUAGAUAUGGAAGACCUAGAGGGAUAUACGCCUGGAGGAUACCACCCAACAAUCAUUGGAGACUCGUUUUGCGACAGCCGCUAUACCAUAGUUCACAAACUCGGCUUUGGUAGCUACUCAACCAUUUGGCUUGCCCGCGACCAACAUCGCCAACGCUACGUGUCGCUGAAAAUACUAGUUGGGGCAGCAUCACAGGAUAGUAACGAGGGUAAAAUCCUCCAGUUACUGGCUAAAGGUGCUUCAAAUUGUGUUGAGAGACAGUUUAUCCCGCCUCUGCUUGACCAAUUCUCCUUCGAUGGCCCCAAUGGCCGCCAUCUAUGCUUAGUCGGAGAGCCUGCCGGCUGCAGCAUAGCCAGUUCCAAGGAGAACAGCACAAACUUCAUGUUUCCUCGAGGCGCUGCCAGAUCCGUUGCCGCUCAACUCAUCAUGGGUGUAUCCUAUCUGCAUGCAAACGAUGUAUGCCAUGGAGAUCUCCAUCUUCACAACUUUCUGCUUCGUGUCCCGAAUUUUGAUACCCUUAGUACGGCCGAUCUAUAUGAAAGACACGGCAGGCCGUGUGAGGUGCCCGUCCUGCGAGUAGAUGGAAAGUCGAACACGCCACAUUCGCCGCCGUACGUCGUUUAUCCCAUGGUUUGGAAGUUACCUGCGAACAAGAUGCUAGACCCGGAGGUAAUCAUCUCAGAUUACGGGACAUCAUUCAUCGUCUCGCAAACCCCGUCUCCAACACUACAGACUCCAGCCCUUUAUUCACCUCCUGAAGUUUUCUUCAACGAGCCCAUAACUAUACCUACUGCAGCCGACAUAUGGACUCUAGGUGUUGUUCUAUAUGAUGCCGUGGGCGAGCGCCCGCUAUUCGAGACUUUUGCAUGGGACCCAGAUGGCAUUAUCGCCGAGAUGGUCAACACGUUAGGGGAGCCACCUAUGCGAUGGUGGCACGCCUGGGCUAAUCGCUCUGAAUUUUUCAACCCCGACGGUUCAUGGAUCACCAACUUCAGGCGCAUUAGUACUCCAGAGUUCAGGCGCCUCCACAAACGUAUGUGGGAUAUGGGCCGUGGCGAGACUCCGGAGACUUGUGAAUGGGAUGUUGCCGGAGGCGAGUUAAGGGCACUGGAGGACAUGCUUAGAGCUAUGCUGAAAUUUGAGCCAGCCGAAAGGCCAACGGCGAAGCAGCUUCUGACGUCUGAAUACAUGGUAAAAUGGGCCUUACCAGCCUGGGAACGGCAUGUGAAGCGAAGGAACUCCGGUACUGUUCAGCAUCAUCAUUAG